CGCAUUGUCCGCGCGCAUGACAGUUUGAGCCAGUUCAUUUGUUUUGAUGGAUGUGUUUAUAAUUACAUAAAAUGAGUGUUUAAAUUUAAUUAAUUUUUGUUCGUUUACGCAAAAAACAUGACGGUCACUAAAGGAAAGCGUAAUUAUUCCUUCCCGGUGAAUUCUGGUAAUAACUCGGACGCGGAAUCUUUACACUUGGCUAGUGCUUCUACCAGUGACGCUGAGUCCUUGCAUAAUGAACCCCUGCGUAGAAGACGACCGUUUCUGCCCCAACACGUAAACGUAAAAACUGAGGAACAAGUAAAUCUGAAACGGAAUUCUGGUAAAAAGAAACUAAGAAGAUACCAGAAUCGUUGCUUGUUGCAAACUCUGGCAGAAGAGGAGGAAAAUGAUGCUUUGGUUGUGAUUAUGGAACCUUAUGACAGUCCCUUUAGUAAGCUACUGCAGGACGAAGAUGCCUUACAAUUUUGGAACGCUUUUAUUGAUAAGUCUGAGGAGGAACAAGCUCAGGUUAUUGCAGACUUCUCUGACAAAAAACAAAAGGAUAUAGUACAAAAAGACAAGCCUUUCGCUAGGAUUUCAUCAAAAAUUAAACGUACAAUCAAAAUUAAGAAGAAUCUAUCUUUGGAACAAGUGAAAGAGUCUGAGGAUGAUUUAAUCGCCUUUUUUAAAGUGACACCAAGUCAAGUAUAUGUUAAGUGUCCACCUACUUAUUUUGAGCGACUGUUGUUGCACGCGAUUGCGCAAUAUCACGGUUUACAGUCACUAGGUAUGAUGGAAGGUGGAAACAAAAGGGUCGAAGUUUACAAUACUGUGGAAGGUUGGAUUCCGGCUGAAUGCUUCUUAACUGACUUCGUUGCUCAACUUAGAAAAUGAACCGCGUCGUUAUAUUACCAACGAAAUUCCUUAUUUAUAGUGUAAACAGCUAAGAUACGCUAGUUUUAUCAUUAAUUUAUUGCAGUAUGAUUCCGACUGUGAACGUGUUUUCACUUUUAUGAUUACCACUUUUAUUAAGUAAGUAAGUUAAUUAAGUCAGUGUUGGUUUUUGUGUUGUUUUUAAUUAUGAAGAUGAAUUUAAUUUGUUGUUUAUGUAUGAAUUACACUUUUUAAUAUAAUUUUGUUUUGCUGUAUAUACUAUGUGCAAUUUUAAUGCUUUGUCAAGUUCAUUAGUGAGAAUAAUAUAAGAAUGUGUACUUAAACUAUCGUUGCAAAACGAUGCAAUGUUACCUCUUGACACUCAUAAAUAAACAUUUUUUUAUCUUU